AAACAACGUAAAUACGCAUAUAUAUAAAAUAUAAUAUAAAAUUAUGUGAGUAUGAUUAAGUAAGAGUUUUAAAAUAUAACAUAAGUACAAAAUAGGAUAUAUGGCACAUAGACAAAAAAAGUACACAAAUCAAAACACUAAAUAUAAAUAAGUAAUAAUAAGAAUAAUAAACUGUAUUAAAUGUAUAAACUAGUUUAUACAUUUAAUACAAUUUAAGAAACCCGUUGACUAGCAACACGGAGAAAACAAUACAGAGGAUGAUUGUAACCACAAGAAUAAGUGUGGUCAUGAAUACAUAAAGAACAUUGAUUACGAGUGUUUUAUAAAAGAACAAGGAAUAGAAUACAGAAUAGAUAUAUUGGAAGAUCAGAUGCUUCAAUAGACCCAUUCAGUCAAUCAAUGAGAUGUGCGUCGAUAUCAGACUGGAGGGAGAUAAUUAAUUAAAUAUUUUAAUUAUGCUGAAAAUUAAUAUAGGCACGGUCUGGUUUGUGUAGUUUAAGUUGAAAAUCAGCAAAGGAUAAAUAUCUGUUUUGAAUCGCUCUAGGUGAAUCUGAUCUUUAGCAAGAUACGGAUGUCAGACGAUAACACCAUAUUCAAGCAAAGUGUGAACAGAGAAAAAUAAAGGGAACAAAAGCAUACAAUAGACUUCAAAAUUUUAAUAUGAAAAUGCAAUAAAAUAUAUAAUAAAUAAUUCAAUGAAAAUAUCGUUAUACGACAAGUGAAACAAAUUUUGUUUCCUUAAUUGAAUACAUGAAGAUGUUUUCAUUACACAAUUUUAUUAUGUACAAAUAUAUAUUUAUACAUAAUAUGUAUAUCUAUAUAUAUAUAUAUGAGUGUUAUAUUACAAAAAUUGAUACACGAGUCAUGAUUGUAAUUUUCAAUUUUGAAUUAUAAAAAAGAGGUAAUCUAUUAAUUAAAAAACUAGAGCACAAACCUUCAUGUCACUAUCCCUUUACAUUUAUAUUAGCUCAUCAUUUAGAUUUGAUGAAAAAUAGUGAUAGUAUUAGUUUAUAUUAUUGUAUCAUUACCUGUACUGAAAUCACAAUGAAAAAUGUACUUGACACAAAUUAUUUCCCCUCUUUUUCAAUAAAAAUCCUACACCAUUACUAAUAUGAAUUAUUCGUUAUACCUGACUUAUAUGUAAGUUUUGAAAGGGUAACAAGCUUCGAGCCAGUACACAUGUUUUGAUGCAUUUAGUUUAAAUAUAGCAUUAAUCACGUAAUCAUUGGUAAAGUUUUUUUAUUUAAAAUCAACGUUUAUGUUUUGUUGACAUUUAUUGAAACUCUUAGGGAAAUUUUAAUUUAAUUUACUAUUAUUAAUAUGCUUAUUAAAUUAUUUUUAAGUAUGAUGAUUGGAAAAUAUGAUUACAUUAAAUUAAAUUAAAUAUUUUGUAAACGUCAAAAGCAUUUGUUUUUAAUAAAAAUUUAUUAAAUUAACUAUAACUUGAUCCAUGUAAGUCAUGGGAUUAAUUAUACAAAAAAUUAUUUUUACUCAUUCAUUACUAUUGUAUGUGAUAUUAUUCUUUAAAAUUAUUCCGUAUAAUUCAUUAGCUCAAACUACGUGUAAUCAAGGAGUUGGAAGAAUAGUUUAUGAAAGACUUCCAGACUAUCAAUUACAAGGAUUCGAUGAUGAAGUCGUUCGAGAUACAUCUCCGCCUUUCAGAGUACUAGAAAAAUGUGAAGAACUCUGUCUACGAGACAGAACAGUCAAUAACAAUUUAGUUCGGACUUGCACUUCAUUUGACUUUCAACCUGGUAGUCGAAUAGCAUCUUUCAGUGGUACAGUAGAAUAUGAAGAAUCAACAUGUUAUUUAACAAGAGAACAGGCACAUCCAGAAGGUAUUGGAGUAUUAGUAGCAGUACCAAACAGUGUUCAUUAUACAGAAGUUUGUUUAUCAUCAAGUCGAAUUGAACGGGAAUGCGCUAAUAGACAUUAUGUGUUUGAAAGACACACCAGAAAAAAACUUAAACUACCAACUCCAGACUACAAAGAAAUUAUAGUAAAUAAUCGAACUGACUGCGAGGACAAAUGCUUAAAUGAAUAUACAUUUGUAUGUCGUUCAGUUACAUAUGAUUCAGCAUCAAAAACGUGUUGGAUAAGUAGAUUUACUCGACGUACUCAUCCAGAAAUGCUUGAAGAUGAUCCCAGUUCUGAAUAUUUAGAAAAUACUUGUUUAAGUAUGGAUAGACGAUGUGAUGGUUCUAUUAUAUUCAUUAAAGAAGAAAAUAAAAGAUUAGGUGGCCCUUUCGAAGUAGAUAUAUUUGCAAACUUAUCACUGAUAGAGUGUCAAGCACAAUGUUUGCGUGCAGAAAAAUAUUUUUGUCGUGCUGUAGAAUACGAUGAUCAAAUUAGAAGGUGUAUAAUAUUUGAAGAAGACUCGUUAUCUCAAAAAGACGAUUUGAGAGUGAGUAGUAGUCCAACGCAUGACUUGUACGACUUAGUCUGUUUAGAUAAUCGUGGUGAUUCACUUACAGCCAAGGGAAACGAAUUCUCAGAUAACACAUUGACUUCACAUCUAUUUUCCGAUGGACGAAAACCAGACACAGCAUUCCAAAGAUAUAGAAACAGUAGGCUAGGUGGAGAAUUUCAUUCAGAAAUCACUGGACGAUCUUUGAGUGAGUGUUUAGAUGAAUGUUUAAGACAAGUUAGUUUCCAGUGUAGAUCAGCUGUAUAUAGUGAUCGAUUUCGCAUAUGUAGACUUAGUCGUUUUAACCAAAGAGAUGGCCAUCGGGUUAUUUAUGACGCAGAUUAUGAUUAUUAUGAAAAUUUAAUGAAUGGAGUUACAUCACCUCCUUAUGUAAAACCUGAUAUUUUAGGACAAGGAUCUAAUUUUUUAAGUAGCAAACCACCUUAUUUGACACCUGAUAAACCAAUUGGAUCUGGACUUGGAAGUAUAUAUGGAGGAGGAUCCUAUCCAGCAUAUACAGGUGCUGUCGGAAUUGGAUCGUUAAGUGGAGUUAUAGGACCUCAACCAAACCCUAUUAAUAGUCCCGAAGGGUAUUGGGGCCACGUCGGUGGUCAUGGUGCAAAUAUUCCUCCAUUUUUAGGACAAAAUACAGGUGGUAGUUAUGGAAUUGGAUCGACACAAGGAGUUAUAGGAUCUUCUAUUGCACCAUACGGUGCUUCAUCAAUUCAAAGUGGAUUUUCACAUUUAGGAGUUGCUCCAAUAGGUGGAUACAACUUAGGUCCACCUUCUAUAGGUCCACCUUUAGGUAUCCCUGGAUAUUACGGUGGAAAUGGAUUAGAUGGAAAUAGACCUUAUAACAUAAAAUGUGAUGAUAUUGACGGGUUUAAACAGAUGGGUGUACGGAUGCGUUUGGCACGAGGAUUAAUCAAGCGUUACAUUACUGCACCUACUUUAUCACAUUGUGAACGAGAAUGUUCUAUGGCAAGAGACAUAGACUGUCGGUCAUUCAAUUACAGAACUGCACCAUAUGGAGCUCAAAGAGAAAACUGCGAGUUGAGUGACCAAGAAUCGCGUCUUAUUGAUAUGAAUAAUCCAUCACUAUUCGAAAAUGCUCCUGAUUACGAUUUUUAUGAAAGAUCUGUUAUAGGUAGCAGAAUCAGUCAAGAAUGUUUAGAUGUCACUCAAGAAUGCAAUGAAGAUGGCAUGACUUUUACUUUACGCACACCUGAAGGUUUUUUAGGCAGAAUAUACACGCAUGGUUACUAUGAUAGAUGUUUUUAUAGGGGAAACGGUGGAACAGCAAAUAUUUUGCGGAUCAGCGGAGCUCAAGGAUAUCCGGAUUGUGGAACGCAACGGUAUGGAGACACAUUGACAAAUAUAGUUGUUGUACAAUUUAGCGAUUACGUACAGACAAGUCGAGAUAAACGAUAUAAUUUAACAUGUUUAUUUCGAAGCCCAGGUGAGACUAUCGUCACAUCGAAUUAUAUGACCGCCAAUUCUGGAAGUCCAAUACCUAUUGAAUACCUUCCAGCUGAAAAUUCAUUAAGUUCUCGUGUCCGUCUCAGUAUUUUAUUUCAAGGCCGUCCGACACAAACUAUAGCUGUAGGUGAUCCUCUAACGUUCCGAAUAGAAGCUCAUGAUGGCCAUGCCUACGCCAGUGAUAUAUUUGCGACCAAUGUCAUUGCUAGAGAUCCGUACAGUGGUAGAAGCGUACAAUUAAUAGAUCGUUAUGGAUGCCCGAUAGACAAUUAUGUAUUUCCCGGAUUAGAUAAGUCUAGAGAGGGCGAUGGACUUGAAGCUCGUUUUAAUGCUUUUAAAAUACCAGAAUCAAAUUUUUUAGUUUUUGAAGCAACUAUACGAACUUGUCGAGAUGGAUGUCAACCAGCAUAUUGUACUUUACAAACCGGAAGAAUGGAGCCAUCUUUAGGUAGAAGGCGAAGAGAUGUAAAUGAACAAAAUCAAAAUGACACAGCAUUCGAAGAAGAUUCUACUAUACAAAAAUCUAAAGAAGAAGAAAAAGUUCGACAAGUAAUUGAAGUGUUUGAAAGUCGAUAUGAUAUACCUUUAGAACAAACUAUGACAUCUGAAUCAGCUCCUGAAAUUGUAUGUUUGACAAUCAGAGAAUAUUACAGUAUGGUUUUUUCUUUGUUUAUGUUCCUUACUCUAUUGAUUACUGCAUCUCUGUGCACUGCUAUUUAUUACAAACGUUACUGGCUCUUGAUUACUAAAAAUGAGUUGGCCAAUUGUAGUUCAGGUUUAAGUAACGCCACGAUCGAGAGAAGUAACAAUGGGUCAACAAUUAGAUCACUUACUGGUCGAAGUUUCUUCUCAGACAUAUCAUUUAAUAGACUUAAACCAUUUAUGAAUAUAAGAGUUCCUGUGGAAACAUCGGAAUCAGGACCAAAAAAUAUUUCAACUGUAGUUAUUGAAGAGGCAACAAGUAAAAUGUUCGGGGAUCCAAAUGGUCCUAUUUACACGGAUCCUUCUCUUUUUGAACGAUCUCGCAGUUUACAAAGCGCAGCUUAUUCGAUCGACAGUGUUCUUAAAAAUGAAGCUUUUUAUCAUUAAUAAUGAUUUCUCUUUUUACAUUUAAAGAUUCAAAUGGAAGAGAAUAGUAAAAAUGCUUUCCAUUUGCUGCUUUAUACCAUUUUAACGCAUGGUUUUAUAAAUUGACACUAAAAACAAGUUAAAAAUAUAUUUAAACUUUUUUAUAUUGAAUAAUUUUCUUGGUCAACUAUUAUACAUUAAAUUUAAACUUUAAUCACUGUGAUUUUAUAUUUUAAAUAACAAAUAUUUCCUUUCGUAUUUUUUAUUUAUUUUAUUAUUCUUAUUAUUUAUUUGUGAAAAUCUGAGUAAAAAACCUACAAAUUUAACAUAAAAAUUAGUUUUCAAUUUUGUAAUUUAAUCAUAUUUUUUUUAAUUUUAAUUUAAAUAUCACAUAACCACUUUUAUUUAUAUAAAAUAUUACAUUUCUUAAUUUUAUAUACUGACAGUUAUUAAACACAUGUUAAUGACUUAAAAUUAUAACUAAUUUUCUAAGUUCACUUCUUUUUACAUAAGUGAUAUAUAUUGAACUAUUAAAUACAAUAGUUUAGAUAUUUUGUUCAUAUCACUGCAAUGGGUGUCCAGGUUAAAAAAGGCUAUCAAUAAUUAAUUUAUAAAAUGUUUAAAAACUUUUUGUCAAUUUUAUUUAAAAUUUUUUAUUGGAUUCGUAGAAUAAACAUAGUUAAUAGUUGUAAUAAAGUUAAUAAAACGUAUUUAUAGGAAAAAAUGAUCGGAAAAUCUUGUUUUAUCAUCAUGAUUGAUUAAAAUUUCAUUUUGCUAAAUUUUGUGAUACGCACCGUUGCGGUAUAAAUGAUAAUUUAUUUAUAGCAUUUUUGAUUAGGACACCAACUUAGUUUUGCUAAGUAUAACAAAAAAGUAUUAUUAUUAUAAUUUUAAUUGAUUAAUUAUACUAAUAGUCGUUAUAUGAAAUAGAUAAU